AUUCGCAUUACAAAGCUUGUUUAUAUGCAGGCAUCAAUAUCAGUGGAAUCAAUGGAGAAGUGAUGCCAGGCCAGGUUGGUCCUGCAGUUGGCAUCUCUGCUGGGGAUCAGUUGUGGGUUGCUCGUUACAUUCUUGAGAGGAUUACAGAGAUUGCUGGAGUUGUGCUCUCCUUUGAUCCCAAACCAAUUAUGGGUGAAUGGAAUGGAGCCGGCGCUCACAUAAAGUACAGUACCAAGUCCAUGAGGAAUGAAGGGGGGUAUGAGGUCAUCAAGAAAGCAAUCGAAAUGCUGGGGCUGAGGCACAAGGAACACAUUGCUGCAUACGGAGAAAGCAAUGAGGGCUGUCUCACUGGGCAACAUGAAACAGCUGACAUCAACACUUUUAAAUGGGUAAAUACAAAAGAGAAGCAUGCUUCAUGUUGUUAUUAAUUUGGAAUUCUAGUUAAACAAUCGAUGUUGAUUGGUAUCGUUAUGUGGCAACAGGGUGUUGCAAACCGCGGAUCAUCCAUUCGUGUUGGACGAGACACAGAGAAGGCUGGGAAAGGGUACUUUGAGGACAGGAGGCCUGCGUCCAACAUGGAUCCU